AUGGCACAACAAAAGGGUAAGAAAAACCCUGACCGGGGGGACAAGUCCAGCUUUUUCGCAGCGCGAUCGGUGCUGAACAAAACCCAAAGCCUCCACGAGACAAACCAAGUUGGCGGCAAGGGCGACACUCUCCCCCUGCAAAACUCACCCGAUCCGCGGAAUCUUCCUGUUACACAGGAUAUCCUGAGGGCAUGUCUGGAUGAAAUGUCCGACAAAUUGCUGAAUAAGAUUCAAGCCUCAGUUACUACGCUCAGCAAAAACAUCCAGGAGCUGGGCGAAAGAACAGCACAUGUGGAGCACCGCAUGGAUGAAUAUGCAGAUGCCCACAAUGAUCUGGCAGACCACGUUCAAGCCCUGGAAAAGCAAUUCACUGGACUUUUCCAUCUGGUAUCAGUAUGCUCUACCCCCCUCUCUGCCAUACCCCCCACACACCUCACACUCAUACCUGCAGUCACGUAUCAGACCCACAGGCUCAUCAUACACAAUUAA